UCUUAGUUUAAAUAUUAUUAUGGAUCCCCCUUAAUCGAGAAGACCACCUAUAUUUGCUCCUUUGAGAUAAAAUAGAUUUGAUACUAAAUGUAAACAUUGCAAAAAAUGUAUUAUUGAGAAAAUUUUAAAGAAUAGGAUCCAUAAUUACUUUAAUGGCAUGAAACACAGUGUUAAAAAUAAAAAGAAGAUGCCUUAACAUAAUUUGUUAAUGUAGGAACUAAAUUAAUAAGAGGACUUAGUUAAGGAAUGUAGAGAAAUGUAGUAAGAUUAGGUAAUGCAAUCUCCAAUGAAUUUAAUUAAAUUGAAAGAAUAUUUAGUAAUUAAGCUAAUCCAGUUACAAUAGAUAUUUAUUAAGAAUAAUUUAAUCGUUUGCAUUAAGAAGAAAUAAAUAGAUAAGAAGUAUAGUAACCGAAAAGGGAACCUAACUUAAUCGAAUAUAAUUUUAUAAAUAAACGUAAUUUAACUCCUUCUGCUAAGAUGUGUAGUAUAUGUUAAGAUGAAUAUUUUGAGAAUGAAAAAAUAAUAAUGCUUUAAUGUAUGCAUAGAUAUCAUAAAUAAUGUUUGAAUGACUGGAUUAAGAGAAAGCCAACUUGUCCAAUUUGUAAAAUGAAUAUAUA